CAAACGUUGCAACAACAAGACAUAAAAUGGAGCGUUUUAAAUGUUUAAUGUGCUAUUUUAAUGGUGUUUCAACGAGUCACUUAGAAAAGCACAUUCGUCGGUUCCAUCGAGGUGAUCCUUUGUUUAAAGUGUCUUGUACGCACUCCCAAUGUGGAGCAACAUUUGUUAAAUACAAAUCGUAUAAACAACAUGUUCGAAGGUGUCACUCCACACAGAACUUACCGGAAAACAAUGUUGCUCCAAAUAAUCAAAUUAAUAUUCCUGUGGUACAAAACAUUGAGUAUCCGAUUGAUAUACCAAUAGAGGAGAUGAGUUGGAAUACAGCUAAAUUUAUUCUUGAUAUACGUGAGAAUUGUAAAUUAUCUCCCGUCGCAACCGAAAUGACUGUUGAUAGAGUAACCGACUUAAUGAAACUCUACAAUGCUAACUUCUUAAAUGAAGUAAGGAAUCUGAGGCUAUCAAACACAAACUUCGUCGAUAUCAGUUACAUCGAGAGAUUGUCAAAAGAAAAUUAUGAUCCCGAUGUACUGUUUAAUGAAGUUAAAUCGAAGUGUCUGAAACAAUUACUACAAAAUAAAGAAAUUCGCGACAAUAUUAAUGAAGGGAACGUCCGAAACGAUGGCGUACUUCGUACGGUUUUAGACGGAACGUACUUCAAGGAAAAUGAAGUUUUUCAACAACUUGAAAAUCCUCUCGCUUUAAUUUUUUCUUAUGAUGACAUUGGAGUUGCAAAUCCCCUUGGUUCCUAUGCCAAGAAACACAAGCUUGGAAUGUUCUACUGGACUUUGGGAAAUUUACGUCCUGAAUUACGUUCAACGCAAAAUGCUAUACAACUGUUAGCAGUUAUAAAAGACUCAAAAAUUACAAUCGAUGGUCGAGAAAUCAUCUAUAAAGGUUUGGUUCUUUUCGGCGCUGGAGAUACUCCUGCCUGUGCUGGCUUAGGGUGUUUUAAAGAAUCCGUUUCUGCAAAACUGCUUUGCCGAACUUGUUUGAUAACAGCAGACCAAUGGAGAUCGUUUUUUAAAGAUAGUGAUUUUGUUUUUCGAAAUGCAGAAAUGCAUCAGCAGCACGUGGCAGUUAUAGCCGAACCAAAUGUGACGAAAGCAACGACUACGUUUUGGAAAAGGGAGUAUGGAGUGAAUGGAGAGUCUCCUUUGUCAGACAUCAUGGACGUCACCAAAUGUCUGCCUCAAGAUGGAAUGCAUUUAUUUCCGGAUGGUGCAUUAGAAGUCUGUACGAGAGCUCUUCUCCAUCAUUAUAUUGUUGAUGAGGGUCUUUUUUCUGUUAAUCAACAUAAUGAGAAAAUUCAGGGUUUUGAUUUUGGUCACUACAAAAACAACAAGCCUGGAUUGAUUCAUCGUGAUCAACUAGAAAGAGACUCCAGUUUAAAACAAACUGCAUCACAAAUGAUGGCUCUCGCACAUACUCUGCCAUUUCUCAUCAGCGAAUGGAUUACUGACGAGGAAACCGUUUUGCAACCGUUGUUGUGUCAUAUCACGAAAGCGCAGAAUUUUGAGGCUGAAUUCAAUAAACGAUAA